AUGGUAAAAAAGGAACCUUUAUGUUCACUGUCGGAGAGGACGAACAAAGCCCACCUGGUGGAAAAGGAGUUCCCCACGCACUCCUCGUACAGAGGUACUUGGACCAUCUUCGGGGAUGGAAACGGAACCUUCGUGUUUCCCAGUAAAGCGGUGUCGUAUGAAGGGUCGUUCGCGGAUGGUAACUUCCAUGGCGAAGGUUACCUCACAUACGACAACGGACUGAUCCUGAAGGGGCAGUGGGUUAAAGGCAAAAUGACAGAACGGAAACUGGUGUUCCCCGAUGGACUUGAGUUCGACGAGGUGGAGUGGAACUACUGCUGUCCUACUGAUAGGAGAUACACGAAAGAAUAUGACUUUGGCCUGGAGCCAGCAGGUCGUUCGUACGUGACGUCAGAAAAGCCCCCGGUAACCAUCCCGCCGGGGUACUACGACUGCGGCGACGGCUUCUACGAGCCCAACACUUGCUGCGUGUACAAGUAUGAUGACCUCACUGCCAUCCUCAGGUGGGCGCAUUGA